AUGCGCUCCUGUCUUCCGGAGCAAACUGCCCCAACAGACGCCGGGAGCAGUUGGAGGACGGCGGUCCACGUGCCCGAGAGCCCCGCCCCAGUGGGCGUGCGCAGGCGUGAAGGCGCGGGGCGCGCGGGCAUCUGUUCCAGAAGGUCUCUGCAGGAGAGGAGAGAAGUGAAGGGUUGGGCACGCUGCGGAACUUCUCAGGCGACGCUCCUCGCCGGGAACCUUCGUGACGGUCUCUUCUUAAAACCAGCUCUUCCCACGACGCCUUUGGUGGCUAAUGGUGGCCGUGGACCCAGUGCCCCUGGGGCUUGCAACCUCACUGUCCAAGUCAGGUCACAAGGGAGUCCAGUGGAGGCCCCCCAGACUCAGACCUUUAUCGUUACUCAAGGCCCCCUCACCUGGAGUACUCCAGGGGCCCUCAGCGGGAGUGCUGCAUGUCCUGCACCCGUAUUCUUAGCAACCCCUGUGAUGGAGACCAUUGUGACUGCUCCAGCUGUUGGAGUUACUCAGGCUGGCAAGGGAGGCUGGACCCCAGGCUUUCCUCCUCAAGCUCCACCACUAGCUGCCCAGCUGGCCCCUAUCAUUUGCCCAGUGAACUAUGGGCCUUGGCCACAUGGCACUUCCAGGCAGGGCAGCCUGGCCACCAACCAGUCCUACGCCUCGCACGGUGACUGCUCUAACCCCCAGAGCGUGUACAGUAACUUCCGACGUUGGCAGCGCCUCAAACCACUGGCCUGGAGACACCUUCCCCAGAGUCCUGAUGCAGAAGCUCUGUCCUGCUUUCUCAUCCCAGUGCUUUGAUCCCUGGCCCGCUUGAAGCCCACCAUGACGCUGGAGGAGGCACUGUGCAGGGCCAUGCAGGAAUGGCAGUGCAGAAGCAACUUUGACCGGAUGAUCUACUACGAGAUGGCGGAAAAGUUCAUGGAAUUUGAGGCCAAGGAGGAGAUGCAGAUUCAGAAGUUGUAGUGGAUGCAGUGUGCGCAGGACCUGCCUCCUCCAGCCCCACCGAAGCUGGAUCCUCGGGGGCCCCCAGCCCCGAAAGUGGGCCUUCAGCCAGGCACCCAGGUUCCCACUGGAGUUGAAGGCACAGGUAACAGGGACCUAGGGUUGGCUACUGUCCCCACGUGGAUCCUUUUCCUUCAAGACAGGGGCAUUGGUCUUUCAACCAAAACAGCCACCGAGGCGGGAGGUGGGGGCAUGGGGUCUCAGCUGCCCUUUGUCACUAUGGGCAAUGCCCUCACCAACGUGCGCUUGGUGGUCAGGAGGUGGACCGGGAGUCCCUCACCUUCCUUCCCUUCCUCCUGCUCUGUCUCAGCCUGUGUUCCCAGGAUGUCCAGCCCCAGGGCCCAGCCCUCCCGCCCAAAGCCACACAGGUCCCAGCGGCCCCCAGAGCCCAAGGCACCCAAGGAGAUUCCCCCUGAGGCUGUGAGGGAGUAUAUGGACAUCACAGAGGCGCUGGUGGGGCCCGUCCACUCAGCCACAGGCGAGUCAGAUGCAGAAGGUGGAGAGGACGGAAAUGAGCUGAAGCAGGAAGAGGACGGCACCUACUCGGACCCGGGCCUCUUGAGCUACAUUGACAAGCUGUGUUCCCAGGAGGACUUUGUCACCAAGGUGGAGGCAGUCAUUCACCCUCGAUUCCUGGCAGAAUUGCUUUCCCCAGACCCACAGCUGGAUCUCUUGGACCUAGUGGAGGAGCUGGAGCAGGAGGAAGGGCUCACUCCCGAAGAAGUGAGCCAGAGGAGGGAGAGGGACACUCAGGGAGCCAGGGGACCCCACAGGAGGGGGACUCCAGGUGAUCCAGGGGACAGGGGAACCCAGAUGUCCCAGGGGGGCCAGAGGAGGGAGGGAUCCCCGGGGUCAGUGAUGAAGCCUGCCCACCAGAGCUUGAUUGUGAGGCUCUUCAUAGGCUCAUGCAAACAGACACUGGCCUGUGCAGGCCCAAAGCCUUUGUUUCCUCUCGAGGACGUCAGGAGGUCUCUCCAUCCCCUCCCCAGGGUCAAAGGCACGCUGGCCCUCUACGGGGACCCAGGGAUGCGUCUAUGCUCAGAGAGGCCUCUCCUGUUCGGGAGGCCCGAGGGCCCAGGGACGGGUCCGGUGAGGACGAGGAGGAACUCCCCAGCCUGGCCUUCCUCUUCGGCUCUCUGCUGGGUGUCCCAGAGUCCUGCCCAUGCCUCAGGCCUGGCCUCCCCUGGAGGUUGGGGGGCCCAGAGUGCUCCCCAUGCCCCCUCCCCUCAGAGAAGAGGCCUCAGCCCAGCUCCACCAGCCGCUCCCAAGUUGAGGAAGCAGGCUCUGUUUGGACACCCAGCCACUGCUGAGAAGCUGCCCAUCCCCGGGGCUGGCCUCCGGGUGUCUGGGAGGCCAGGCUUGGCUCUGGGGCCGGCUCACCCCUCACAGCCAAGAAAGAGAAAGCGUGACCCAUGUGUCACAGAGAAGAGUAGGAAGAGGAGAAGAAGCACUGCAGCCAGUAGGGAACAGCUGGGCCGGCCCUCCAGGGCGGCUCCCAGGGGAGCCUAGGGGCUCCCUGUCAUCCCAGUGCUGAUCCUA